ACAGCUGGUUCCCGCCGUUUCUGGGCCGAUGUGAGCUCUGCAGAUUUCACUUCAAAUUUUGCAGUAAAAAAGUGGCAAAUCUCGACGAACACUGAUUCAAAUACAUAAGAAGAGACUUAGGAUUAUAGCCAAAAGGGCUGAUUGAAGUUAUUUCGAUCGUGCAACGAGAUGACAGAAGAAUGUCGAAGCAAACUCGAUUCUCUCGAUGAGAGCUUUCUGGAUGAUACGGCCAGUGAUGUCGACUGUAGCUCAAGUCCUGAGUCAGAUCGCGAUCGUGAAAGGAGACUUAGGCGGGAAAUAGCAAACUCAAACGAGCGACGAAGGAUGCAAAGUAUAAAUUCAGGAUUUCAAGCCCUCAGAACGUUAAUUCCUAAUGCAGACGGCGAGAAACUUAGCAAGGCAGCCAUUCUGCAACAGACUGCUGAGUAUAUAUUCUCUCUCGAACAAGACAAAACAAAACUCUUGCAGCAGAAUACAACUCUUAAAAGAAUACUAAGUCAUUGUGGGCAAAAUGAAGCGAUAAAAGCCGAUGAAAAUGAAAUUCCGUGUAAGAGGCAUCGAACUGAGAAUGAUGGUCAUGCUAAAGCACGUGGCUCUAACCAGACUGAUCCAAAGGACAAGGAUGAGAACGACAAUAAUAUUUCACAAGAUGAUCUUAUGGAGGAUUUGCAGAAAGAACUAAUCGAUCUACGCUGCCAGCUCGAAAAGGAACGGCGAUUGAGAAUAUCUUUAGAGGGACAGAAACAAAAAUUAGAGUCUGAAUUCAACGAGCUGAAAGCGAAGUGUCAGGGUAAAUAUACGGCUAAUAAGGCGCUUGCCACGACUAGACAGAAUUUAGAUACAAUCGUACAAGCGAUAAAACAUCUUGAAGGAGAUUGCCCCGACAGUGAAGAAACUCCAAUUAAAUUCAAAGCUGAUGUUUUGUCCAAGAAUACAGACUUAACUUCGAGGCGUUUGAUUGUCUGAGUGUAACUCAGCUGAUGAUGCAUCGACAUGAUCGAUCAUGAGGAACUAAUGGCAAUUAUUCAAGGCAAUUGCACGUAUUUUUAUAAAUAUAAAAUAGUAGUUAUAGCUUUUGUAAAACAACAUAUAGCCAUUUUCUAGUGAGCAGUAGUAUUUAUGAUUUACAAAAGACAGAAUUUUAGUAAUGUUUAUUGCGAAAUAGGUUACUUGCGGAAUGUCAGAUUACUCCUCAAUUGUUGUGACAGAUUUUGUACUCAUUCACUAAACUAUUUAUUGCAUUUUUAAAUUUCUAUCUAUUAAAAGGAUUAUGCCUUAAGUACAACCAUGUAACUACAGUUUUAUAUAGCAGGCUAUAUUAAACAAGAAAACUGUACAUUUUUGCAAGCGAUUUUCGUUCGUCAAGUUGAAAUGUGUCAACAGCUGACGAUAACAAUAGAAGCACCAGCUGACUUAUAUUAUGUUCAAUAUUUGACAUUGUUACUGCUAAAAAGUCUGAUGUAAAUAGGUGGAUUUGUGAGAUCAAUGUUUUGUACUAUAGGUAUUGAGAUAUGUGAAAUUCUACAUGAUACACAAUGCAAGCAGUACUCGCUCGCGUGAUUCGUCAUCUCAUCAAUAGGGGGAUGUCGUGAGUGCGUGCAUUUUAUAUGUAUAAUGAUUCCCACAGUUCAAGCAACUGAUAACCAAUAAAAAAAUCGAGACACUUCA